AUGGCAGCCAAUCAUCAGCUUUGGGUGGCGGGUUUAUUCGACCUUGAUGCUGACGAUAACUUUGAUCAAAAUGGGGCUCGAAUAGUCAAGUAUAUGACCACCUUAGUGUCUUAUAGACCUAAUACGGGCCACCAAGAGAUAGUCAUUGAUGUUGUUCCUCCAGCUUCACACGACAAUUUCACAGUGGAGAACGGCAUUCAUAUAUUAGCUGGGAAGUUGAUUGACAACAACCUUCAAGGAACUCAUCUAUUUUGUCAACGAUGGGACUCGUUGGCCACCUGCACUCUUUACAUGUCUUAUCAGAACCUCGUCAACGUAGUUCAGGCCAUAGGAACAGGAAACAUUACCUCUGUUGAAUUCAAUCAACAAAUACCUGAAAUUGCAACAUCUCUCAUUGUACGACACCGAUCAUAUGACUCAAUUUGUUUAAACUAUGUUACCUUUGAAGUAGAAUAUAUGUUCAAGAGAGAUUUAGCUGAAAGUUUGGGGGCCGAUGAAUCAUUCAUCGGCACUGAGAUCAACAUAAUUGGUCAAAUGGUGGGCAGGAAUAAUCUGAGUGGGAGGUGGAGUAUAAUGGCGACCGAAUACAAUGUUGGAGGCCAAUAA